AUGAUCUUCACUACAGUAAGUUAUCGUGCUAAGUUUAAAUUAGCAAGAACUAAUAAUGACGAUUUACAAACAUGUCUUUCAUCGUCACUGCCAUUGUCAAUACGUACUAUUUAUCCAUGUAGUACUUUAGCAAAUCAAAAUAGCUCUCAAUAUCAAUGUGAUCAUUUUAAUGUUAGUGGAUUGUCGAGUGUUCGUGGAGGUCGAAUUUCUCAUUUUCCUGCUGUUAUUGUUUAUGCAACGGACAGUAACAAUGUACAAAACGUGGUAAAAUGUGCAACAAAAUUAAAUUAUAUUGUCAAUGCAAGAAGUGGAGGUCAUAGUUAUGAAGGCUAUUGUUUAGGUUCAAUGUACAACAAUAUUGUUAUUAACAUGGAAGCGAUUAAUUACACUCAUAUUAAUCAAUAUGAUGGAACUGGUACAUUUGGAGCUGGUGCAAGAAUUGGUCCAAUCUAUUACAGAACAUAUCAAUAUAAUUAUACAAUUAAUGCUGGCAGUUGUCCAUGGGUGGGACUUGCUGGUCAUGCACUUGGCGGUGGUCAAGGUUUUCUUGGUCGAUUACAUGGAUUAUUAUCCGAUAAUAUUUUGGAAAUGAAAGCUGUUAAUGCUCAAGGUGAAUUAAUAACAAUAAAUGAAACUCAUGAACCCGAAUUAUAUUGGGCAUUACGUGGUGCUGGUGGAGGUUUGUUUGUUAUUGUCACAGAAUUUAAAAUUCGAUUAGUUAAACCUCCGUCACUCGUCAGGCAUUUUUCAUCUAUAUGGUAUCUAAAUGCAACAAAAUUAGUAAUGCAACGAUAUCAAUCAUUGUUAUUUGAUGACAAAAUAUCGAACUUUAGUAAUAAUCUAGUUUUAGUAAUGGGUGUAUCGAAGAUUAAUGUAACAAUUUCAAUAUUUUAUUUUGGUAUUGAAUUUGACGAAUUUAAUAAAACUAUAUCGUUACUGUUGACAACGUUACCCAUUCCAAAUAGAACGGAUUUGUAUGAACAAGAUUGGUUAACUUUUGUUUAUAAAACGUCAGGAAUUGAUGAUGAUAGUGAUGAUCUUCAACGAUUGUUACUUGAUAAUUUAACAUAUCCAACACAUUAUUUUAAAGCCAAACAUUUAUUUUAUGAUCGACCAAUAAGUAGUCAUAGUCUUGAUAAAUUUAUCGAUGGAUUAGCAUCAGGCGAUGGUCAAAUUAUUAUGAUAUUUAUCCCUUGGGAUGGAUAUUUAAGUACAAUUCCAGUUGAUGAAACAGCAUUUCCACAUAGACAUUAUAAAUUUAGUAUUCAGUUCACAGUUUAUCCUAAUGAUGAGCAACAUGAAAAACAACAAAUGAAUUGGUUAAAUCAAGUAUAUUUGGCGGUCUACAAUGAUUCAGCAAAAUAUUCAUAUAUUAAUUACAUUGAUAGAGAUGUACCGAAUUGGAUGAGUGUUUAUUAUCAUACACAUCAACAACGAUUAAUUAAUAUUCAACAUAUGUGUCAUAUUUACCUUGAUUAUUUACCUUCUUAA